AUGGUGGAAUUGCUUGACGUCCUGAGGGAAGUGUUGGAGGAUUUUAAAGGACGACUUAACAUUGUUGAUGCGGAAAGUGUUUUGCAAAGACCAUCUGGAGGGUUGGGCUACCUUCAGGACCAGUUUUAUAUAGCUUACAAAAAAUUGGUAAGUAUGUUAUUAUAAGCGGUUUUUUUUGUGGCAGAUGGCUAACUUUUGUAGAGGUUUAUCGUAAAAUUAGCUUUUAAAAGAUAUUAUGGGUAUGAUCUAAUUUGGUUAUAUAGAAGUUAGUAUAAACGGUUUCUUAUUUUUAAUUUAGAACUUUUUUAAUUUUUUUAUGUUGAGUUGGAUAUGGGACUAGUGUGAGGUACUAUGGCACAAAAAUGGUUGUUUUUACGUUUCUAAUUUUGGAUGUACUGUAGGUUUAAUGUAGCAUUUUCAGUCUAAACAAGAUGAACGUGGUAGGUUUGUUUGUGGCUUUGAAAAAACAAAGAUCCUGCGUCCAGGGGCGUCGCUAGGGGGGGGGGUGGAUCCACCCCCCCAGAGCCGAUUCGAAAAAAAAAUUCUACAGGUAAGGUACCUGUACGCGAAAAAUCGAAAAAAAAAAUUAUUGAGUUUUUAUGGCGGAAUAAACUUUAUUUUAUGUGGAUGUGCGUUAUGAGAUUCAGCUGUUAUUUCGGAGUUUUAUUUCUGAUUGUUUAUUUUAAUAGUAACCAAAAGCUUUUUUACUAUACUGUACGUUUUUGGAGGAAGACAGUUUAUUGUAUGCAUUACAGUAUGAUAGACUUCUUAAUUUUUUGUGUAUAGUGGGUAAAAUAGGGUAGAGUAAGGUACGAUUUACUAAAAAGUAGCGGUAAGGAGGAAGCCUGUGAAAUACAGUGAGACCAUAAGCUUUUACCGUUUCUUGUUCAAAAAGAAAGAGUGGCUGAGAUCAAAAUUACAGUAGUAGAUUAUGGUGAAGGUAUAGUAGAUUGUUAGAUAUCACAAUACAGAAAGUAGGAUUAAGGACUUAAAAUACAGUAAGACUAUCUAUAAGUUGUGGCGACAUAUUGAAUGUGGAAGAUCGAUUGAAUAUUGAUGUCUUUAGUCCUUCGAAUCGUCGAAAUCAGAAGACCGAGGGCGAUUGUAUAA